GUGAGUGGGCUCUUGCCCAUUUUAGCACUUCACACAUUGUGACACUUGUUGAUGGCAGAGGAUGAUGUCUUCAUCUACUUUAGACAUAUAAGACACAUUAACCUGUUUCUCCAGCUGCCUUAAGCUGAUUUCAGAGACGUGGAAGAGAACAACGCAGAGCAGCUGAUGUUACACACUUCAGGGUGAAAUGUUGCAUUUUUCCAGGAAUGUGGGCCUCAGUGGAGCAAUGAUUUGCUACAUCACCUGGACUUUCUGUAAUGCAGAUGCGACAAAAAUCUCAGGAACUGCUGGCGGCACAGUGACCCUGAACUGCAACGCGUCUAUUUCCAACCUCAGCCAACUAACAUGGGAACUGAAUGGAGAGCUACUGUUUGUCUUCACAACCUUGGAUAAUGGAGAUCUCUUUGAAACCUCAGCAGCUUCCACACUGAACCUGAAACUGAACCUGAACCUGAACCGAUCAGACAUCCAGCGUUAUGCACUCGUCAUAGAGAAAGCUAAUGAGUUCCACUCAGGAAACUACACCUGUGAGACGACCACAGGCCAAGGAAUAUCUAAGCAAACAUGGGAACUUCUUAUUACAGAGAAGCCUGAAAGCGUUCAUAUAUACAUUUAUGUCACAGCUGUUGCUGUUCCUGUGUGCGUCCUGCUCAUUUUAGUUUGUGUGGUUUUUUGGAUUCGUUCCUCCAAACAGAAACCAAAAAAGAUCAUUCGCUCUUUAAGACCAAAAAAGCAACAAGCAGAAGAAGUCUAUGAAAACUGCUUGGAAAUUGACCGUUACCAUCAGCGCAACCAUCGACCAUCGACCAUGAACACAGUUUCAUAAACCUAGACUGCUUUGUUAAUAAAUGUACAUAUUUCAAAGAAUGGGAUAUUUUCUUAAAUGUUCAGUCUGUUUGCUUUGCCGCUAAAUAAGUAAAUAACAAACUGUUAUUUUGGGUUUUUGUGAAAAAAUGCUUUUCUUUUCUAAAUGGGAGAAUGGAAACUCAAUGGAGAGGAAAGCCACUGAGUUUUAACUGUUAGUAAACCCUAAAGCAGACAGGAUCUAAAUGGAGGCCUCCUAUUGGACAGAAAGCACUCUUAGGACGGCGCCAGAAAAAGCACACAUGGUGGAAGUCUCCCACAGCAUCUGUGUCAUAUUACCCAGGCACACCCAAGCCGCAGGGGUGUUUAUGUAUGUUCAAGGUGGCAAAGCUGGAAUCUGCUAAAUCUGCUAAAAGAAAAGUACAGAGCAGGAGGCUCCGGAGCCACAUGCAGCUCUUUGGUGGCUCUUGGCUCUGUUGAAAAUAAUUUCAAUAAGAAAUCUUUCUUUUGCUGUUUUGGUUAAUUUGUUUUAGUUAAUAAAGUUUUUUCAUUUAUAUUUUGAUUUUUAACAUGGCAGAUAACCAGGCAAAAUUAAGGUAAAAGUAGUAAUUGAUUGUCAGAGGAGUUUUUUUUAUUACAUUAAGCUUAAAGCACAUAAAGAUAAAUAAAAAAGGGAUUCUACUUCAAUAUUGUGAUUUUUAUCUUUGAUAGUAAAAGGAGAAAAACGAUGAAGGCACAAAAGAAGGCAUAAUAAUAGAGAAGUCCAUGUCUGAUUUGGCUUUAUGUUCAAAUAAAUCAGCUGCAGCAGGAGGAUCUGAUUUCACACAGGAUGUAUUUUAUCUUCAAAGGAAAGUGCAUGUGCUGCUGGGUACACAAAAAUAAGUUAAAAUUGUUAUAAAGAAAUGAAAAAAACGUUUCAAAUUCAAUUAUUGUGAAUAAUUAAAGUUUAACAUGAUAUUCAAUGGCAGCAAAACCAUAUAAAGUGUAUUUUUCUAAACGGCAAAGUGCAACUGUGUGGCUCUUGCUGGUUUUGGUCUGUAAACUAGACCAAACGGCUCUUUUAGCAUUAAUGGAGGAGAUAUAUAAGGAGAAUUAAGAUUAAAAUGGCAUUUCUGAGUAUUUAUUUAUUCAUUUCUUCCAAUAGCUUUUAAUCGGGUGCAGAUAAAAAAAAUGACGUUUUAAAAAGCUUAUGUUGAAAUAAUAUAGCUCCUUGCUCCGCUCUAUUCUGAUGUAUCCACUUGUAGACAAAUAGAUCUGUGUGCGUCUUUGUUUUCAUCAACUAGCUGAAAGCUACUUGGGGAGCGCUCAAACUGGUUUUUAGAAUUUGCCUAGAAAUGGCAUAAUCACAUUGCAAAGGCCACAGGGAAAACUAUUAAAAUAGUUUAAAGGACGAUCCAGGUGGGAUUUUAAGGCAGGGCAGCAUGGAAGAUAAGCAGGACAGUUCCCCUGAGGACCACGGUUUAGAAACGCUGUUCUAGAAAAUGAUUAACCAUGUUUGGGAGUGUCUCCACCCUCUUUUUAUAAACACAAUACAUUCUGUGUUAAUCAUAUUAAAAGUAUGUGCACAUUUUCUGCAUUACACUAAAAUUCUUUUGAAAAUGAUGUUCAGAAUGCUCUCCUGCUCCCACGUACUUAGCAGCAGUUGUCCCUGCUGAUCUGGCCUCAAUCCACUCCUAAGUAGUUCCCUGUAUCUGACUGUAUCUCUCUGUAUACUCAGAGACCAAACAAGAGAUGUAUUUAUAAUUCAACGUUAUCAUUUUGCAUUUCUCAGCUCAAAUACGAAAGGAAAUCCAAGAUUUUUUGGAGCGAAACCAGAGAUUUCCUCUGUCCCGAGACGUUUACGCAUAACUGGCGUUAAAGCAGAACCUCUUCCACUCUCAGCUUCAUGGAGCUGUGACCUGUUAACCCAUUUUCUGAACAAGACUGUAAAAUUUCACCUUAAAGCAGUUUGGUACAGACAUGCUAAAAAAAAAAAGAAAAAGAGUGACUACACUGACUGCAGGGGUGUUCUUGAAAAAUAUCAGUUUUAUUCAAAUGUAAGAUGUUAUAAAAAUCCACAAAGAUCUCACAUAAAACUAACAUGAUCGAGUUGAAGUGAGAUGUUAUAAAAAAAUAGAAAACAUUACAGUGAAAUGAACCAAACAUUUUUAAAAGUUAGAAUUUAUAAA